UUCCGUACUUUUUGAGUGAUUGAUUGACUAGUAGUACUGGUACCAAUAAGUAGUGUUGGAGCAAGAAAUGAAAGGGUUUCUCAUUAUUGCACAACUCAAAAUAAUAAUAAUAACUCAACAUGAAUAGUGACGCGAGCAUCAAGAGCAACAAGAAUAACAGCAACAACCAAAAUAACAAGAAAAACCAUAGCAGAGAUGGCAUUCAUGCCAAAUUAAGCGCCUACCCGCACAGUGUAGAUUCGAGUGAUGUCGGUAGUAACGUCAACCCCGACACUACCGGUGGGAAUAUUGCUGAGAGUCGUAGAAGCAACACAAGAUUCAGAAGCAACAGUGUCUUUGAGAGCAACACGAGAAGCAGUGAUGUAAAAAUUAUGAGCAGACAACGACAGGAACCCAUGGCGAUCCCCAAAUCAUACGAUGGCGCCAGGUCCUCGCCCUUUAUUUUUCGGGACGGCAUUCAGCCUGCGCCUCAGCUCAACAGGUACGCUAGAUCGAAUAUUUCUAAUUUUGCAAUCGUAAGCGUGCGCAACUGCGAUUUCGAUCAUUUUGGGGUGAUGUGUUAGUUGUUAGAUKGUCUCUYCCUCUGCCAUUGUCGCUCGGAAAUUAUCUCCACUUUUUUAACGUUUGUUGUAUUUGUUCGAUUGUUCUUCAAUUUGUGAACUCUCGAUAUGGAAAUGGAAAUGAAACGAAACGAAACGAAACCUAGGGUACACAGCUCAACAAUUCCAGGGAUGUCCAGUAUAUCGUACUGUGGAUAUUUGUACAAACGAUCCAACAAACCGCAGAGGACUGUGGAUGCAUUGCAGCAGGAACAACGCGACCAUUACGGACAUAUGCACCGCCCAAUCCACGAAGUUUAUUCGGCUUCUGGCGUUCCUGAGUUCCCAGUGAUGCCGGAAAUAUCUUUAAAUUCUGGCAAUGAUACAUCUGUCGAUCACACGAAUUCCGAACGGAUUGCUCUCGACCACGAUCAAGACGGCAAAAUUUCAGCGUUUAACGUGCAUUCCUUGCCUGCAAGGAAUGACUCUAUCACGGGAUUAGCUCAAUCCUUGCAACCAUUGAUGCACCAGCAACAACAGCAAUGUACUCUUUCUCCCCCACGUGAUGAGUCAAAGAAAACCAUCGCGAAAAACCCUAUUCAGAUAGGAUUGGAAAUGGGAGCCGCGUUUUUCGGUAUUGAUCUGAAAGACAGCAAUCAUAAAGACGGAGACGACAAUCACAGCGAAGAAAUUGACUUUGAUCCCAUUUCUCCACCAACAGAACAAACCAUCGGGACAAUGCCUGGAACCGACAACAAUACCGAAGCCCGAGUGGGAUUUCCGAAGACCACGACUGUCCCGAUCAAGUUCCGACCAUCCAAUAGUCGGAAUGUUCCGGGUGAAAUACCGUCAGCGAGACAACCAAUUCCCAUGAUAACGAACGAAAAGUCGUCCUCUUCGACCUCCCCGUUUCACGAAUCCCUACAUCGGCUAUGUUCCGAAUCAAGUCAGCCGCUCUCCGACGUGUCCAUCACAAACGGAAAUGACGGUAUUCCCCACGAUUUCGUCGAUCCCGAAGAUGGACACUUGUGGAGGGCGAAAUACUGCGUUUUGGAAGACGGCAUAUUAUACUUUUAUCGAAAUGCACACGAUGGGAAUCACGCAGAGGCUGCAGCAGAACGAAGGAAAAAUACUUCCACUUUGUUGGGAGCAAACAUUAACCAGACGAACGAUUCUACUUUYAGCACUUCAUAUAGCGAUCUUAUUGGAAACGACGGCAAUAUCAGAGCAAACAACAGAAGUAACAAAAAACAAAGGCCGUUGAC